CUUCAAAUAAAAUGUGUCAUUAUAUACAGUUUCAUAUUAUAUCACAUGCUAGCUAAAUAAAUCGUAAUUAAACGGAUAUAUUCCCUUUCGUUCGCCUUCAAAUCAUAAUUGCCUGCACAGAACAACUAAAUUCAAGUGCCUGUACCUAGUAUUGAAACACACGCAUAAGUCAGAAAAACCAGAACAAUGGGGGACGGAUGUUGCACGGGCUUCGCUAGGUGUAUACUUGUAGUGUUCAACAUCAUAUUUGUGCUGUCCGGUGGUGGCAUACUCGGCGCAGGAAUCUGGCUUAAAGUAGACCCAGACUCGGUAAACAUCCAAAAGCUGAUAUCCGUCGACAGUCACGACACAGCCAUCUCCUCCACGGCCUAUGUCCUGAUCGGCUUUGGGGGAGUUGUUUUCCUGGUCGGAUUUCUAGGAUGCCUUGGUGGAAUUAAGCAAUGGAAAUGGGCCUUGGGAAUGUACAUAUUCUUUUUGGUCAUUAUUUUUCUCGGAGAGUUCUCGGGAGGAAUUAUGGCGGCGGUUUACAAAUCAAAGGUAACCGACGAACUUGGAACAACGCUUAAAAAGUCCAUAGCUGAGUACAAAAACAGUUCCAUCAUAGAAGACGCAUGGGAUGCGGUACAGAAAACAAUUCAUUGCUGCGGAGUAACUUCGUACAAGGAUUAUAAGGACUACGCCCACUUCAACGCAACUGUGUCAGUUCCAGAGUCCUGUUGCCGUGGCAAAUAUGUGGAUUGUUAUACGGAGGCGAGUAACAAUGCUACCAAGAGUUAUAAAUCUUUGAACACUGAGGGGUGUUUGAAUAGUCUGCAAGAUCAGCUGAAGAGCAACCUUUCUAUCAUUAUUGGGGUAGCGAUUGGAAUUGCAAUGAUACAGCUUCUGGGAAUUCUGUUGGCCUGCAAAUCGUGCCGUUCCAGUGAUGUGGAUAACAUGAGAGAAAAGAUAAAGGGGAAGAUGGAUAUGAGAGAGAGAAAGGAUGAGAGAGGGAGAAAUCUCUCAGUCUUAUUUCAUGCUCUUGACAAUUCGAGAGAUGCUAAACCAUAUUUAUUACUGGCAAAUCGUCUAGACGUACAACUUAUUGAUGCCGCCUAUAGCGCUAACUCCACCAUUGUCCAGAAUGGUCUGGAAGAUGCGGCCGCCUUAGACUUCUGCUACAAGGACAAAUCUGUGUUCUGGACAGACGUUAGUCUGGCCAAGAUCAAGAGGACGUGGAUAGAGAGACCCAAGAACGCGGAGGAUAUCAUCGUUUCGGGGCUGGUGUCGCCCGACGGUCUCGCCUGUGAUUGGAUUGCAGAGAAGCUGUACUGGGCCGACUCUGAAACAAAUCGACUCGAAGUGAGCAACCUGAAUGGAAGUUUCCGCAGUGUGCUGUUUUGGGAAGAGUUGGACCAGCCCCGUGCCAUAGCCCUGGAUCCACUCACGGGAUGGAUGUUUUGGACGGACUGGGGCGAAGUGCCAAAGAUAGAGCGUGCAGGUAUGGAUGGCGAUCGAAAGACUCGGUCCAUUAUAAUUGACAAAAAUAUUCAUUGGCCCAAUGGUCUGACCAUCGACUAUGCAGACAACAAAAUCUACUGGGCUGAUGCCAAAGUCAAGUACAUUGCCAGCUGUGAUUAUGAUGGCAAAAACCAUAGGGAGGUAGUGGCGGGGGAGAAGAUUCUGUCCCACCCGUUUGCUCUGACCCUGAGUGAUAGAACCCUGUUUUGGACUGACUGGCAAGAGCGCUCCAUCUUCUCUUGUGAUAAAAUAACUGGCAGCAAUAUCCGACCAAUCAUGGAGAACAUUUACUCUCCUAUGGACAUCCAUGUGUUCAGUGCCAGCAGACAACCUAGUAGGCCAGAUCGGCAUCCCUGUACAAUCAACAAUGGGGGCUGUUCUCAUCUCUGUCUGAUCUCACCCAAAAAGCCAUUUUUUGCCUGUGCCUGUCCAACAGGGGUCAAGCUCCUGAACAAAACCACCUGUGCAAAAGGCGUGGAACAGCUGUUGCUGCUGGCCAGACGUCGGGACAUCCGUAAAAUCUCGCUGGACAUGCCUGACCACACGGAUGUAGUGCUGCCUCUCAACGAGAUCAAGCAUGCCAUCGCUAUCGACUACGACCCAGUGGAAGACCAGGUGUACUGGACGGACGACGAAGUCAGGGCCAUCAAGAGAGCGUACCUGGAUGGAACAGGAGAAGAAGUUGUUAUCCGGACUGGAGUUUAUCAUCCAGACGGAAUCGCUGUGGACUGGAUUGCCCGGAACUUGUACUGGACAGACACUGGGACAGACCGGAUAGAAGUGGCGAGGCUGAACGGGACCUCCAGGAGAGUUCUGAUCUCGGACGACCUGGAUGAGCCCCGGGCUAUAGCUCUGGAUCCAGCUGCCGGGCAAAUGUACUGGAGUGACUGGGGAAAGGUGCCAAAGAUUGAGGUGGCCAACUUAGAUGGAAGUAGUCGACAGGUCCUCAUUAACUCCUCCUUGGGGUGGCCUAAUGGACUGGCCAUUGAUAUCCAUGCCACCCCUAAGAAACUCUACUGGGGGGAUGCAAAACAUGACAAGAUUGAGGUAUCAGAUGUGGAUGGGACCAACAGAAUUGUACUGGUGGAUGAGAAACAGAACAUUCCCCAUUUGUUUGGAUUCAGUUUACUAGGGGAUUACAUCUACUGGACUGAUUGGCAGAGGAGGUCUAUAGAGAGGGUCAACAAGCACAAUGGGACGGACAGAAAAGUCAUUGUAGAUCAACUCCCAGAUCUGAUGGGGCUCAAGGCCGUCAGUGUGUUCAAUUACUCAGGUACCAAUCCGUGUGCCCACUACAAUGGGGGAUGCAGUCACCUUUGUCUGUACACGGCCGACCAAGGAGUGGUGUGUGCAUGUCCAAUGGGAUUGGAGCUUGUCAGUAACGGGAAAACCUGUAUUGUCCCUGAGGCGUUCCUUCUGUUUACAAGUCACCAUGACAUUAAGCGCAUGUCGUUAGAAACCAAUCACCGAAUUCGUCCCAUACCAAUCAAAGGGGUCAAAACUGCUCUUGCGAUAGAUUUCCACAUUGCUGACGACAGGAUCUAUUGGACGGAUGGAGAUCUGAAGAGAAUCAGCAGGGCUUUUCUCAAUGGCAGUGCAUUGGAGCCCAUUGUUCAGUAUGGCCUGACUUAUCCAGAAGGAAUAGCUGUUGACUGGGUGGCUAAAAAUAUCUAUUGGAUUGAUACAGGCAUGAAACGACGGAUUGAGGUGGCUCGACUAGACGGGUCCUCUCGACGAGUGAUCAUAUGGAAAGAUCUGGAGUCACCAAGGGCUUUAGCUGUCAAUCCUCCUGAUGGCUACAUCUACUGGACAGACUGGUCUACACAGAAACUAGAGAGGGCAGCUUUGGAUGGAACCAUGAGGGAAACCAUUAGGACAGAGAUUGGACAAGUCCAUGGCUUGACCAUUGAUUAUGGAGAGAAGAGACUGUACUGGACCAGUUUAGACCAGAAAGUCAUCGCCUCCUCAGAUCUGAACGGACAGGACAUGGUACGUGUGAUUACCGACCAGGUCCCCCAGCCCAUGGGUCUGACCCUGUACCAUGACUUCAUAUUUUGGGCAGACUGGCAGAGACAGACCAUUGAGCGGGCCAACAAGUCCUCGGGAACCAACCGGACCACCAUACAGAGCAGUAUAGACAAUGUCCGAGAUAUCCUGGUCUUCCACUCCUCCAGACAGUCUGGGAUUAACAGCUGUAAGGACAACAAUGGGGAAUGCUCACACCUGUGUCUGGCCCACCCUGUCAACCACUCCUCUGGAACCACUCAUCACUGCGCGUGUCCCACACACUUUCGGCUCAACGUGGAUAAUAAGACAUGCUCAGCUCCCAAGACAUUCCUGUUGUUCAGUCAGAAGAACACCAUCAGUCGUCUGGUGAUCAACAACGACGAUUUCGACCCGGACACUCCAGAGGUCGUCCUGCCCAUCCCACAGCUGAAGAACAUCAAAGCCCUCAGUUACGACCCAGUCAAACACUUUCUUUAUUGGAUCGAAGGCAAAAACAUGGUCAUCAAGAAAGCUGCAGCUAAUGGGACUCUGGUAUCCACUGUUGUGACCAAUCAGAAUGGAGAGCACCGACCUUUCGACAUUGCUGUUGACCCUUACUCCCGUGUUCUUUACUGGACUUGUGCCAAGAAGAACACCAUCAACAUCACAGGACUGGAUGGCACUCCAGUAGGGGUCAUCGUAGAGGGGGAUCAUUAUGUACCAAGAUACAUUGUGCUCAAUCCUUUGGGAGGGCAUAUGUACUGGACAGACAUGGGAAGCCAUCCUUCCAUUAUAAGAGCAUCUAUGGAUGGAACAGCACGUAUCAAAUUGUUUGACUCUGAGCUUGAUCGCCCUGGACCCCUAGCUAUUGAUAUUGAAGGCAAUAAGUUGUACUGGGCUGAUUCUCGCCUAAAUCGCAUUGAGUGUUCAGACUUGUCUGGUGGAAACAGAAAAAAUUUAGUUGAUCAAGAUGUGUCCAAUCCGCGGGGUAUGGCCAUUUUUGGCAACUUCCUGUACUGGAUUGAUAAGCAACAACAUGUGAUAAGUAGAGUUGAGAAAACCACAGGGAAAAAUCGUUCUUUCAUCCAGGGAAGACUGGAGAGCUUGAGUGAUCUUCUGGUGGCCCGAGAUUUGGUGUCUGAAGAUCUCAACCACCCUUGUGCCAAAAAUAAAGGUGAAUGCUCGCACAUCUGUGUACCUGACAACGCGGGGAAGGCAAGAUGUUCAUGUCCAUUGGACCUGAUGCUAAAACUAGAUGACAAGACUUGUGCCGAUCCACCGACCUGCUCCCCAGAGCAGUUUACGUGUGAGAGUGGAGAACUGCACUGUAUCCCAACAGUGUGGAGGUGUGAUGGGACAAACGAGUGUGCAGAUGGGUCAGACGAGAAAGGCUGUCCCAUUUGUCAUACACAUGAUGAGUUCAAGUGUGACAUUGAUCACUGCAUCAGCAUCAAGCAUGUGUGUGAUGGGGAGGCUCAGUGCUUGGAUCAUACUGAUGAAUCUAACUGUGACCCUCAUAGUGAAACUACUACUAACUGUAAGGAUGAUCACUGCCCUGCCACAGAAGCCAAGUCGUCACCCAGCAAAGUUGUGGCGACAUGGACUAUUGUCAUAGUGGUAGGGCUACUUGCCAUUGUGCUAGUGUUUGUGUUUGUGUUUGCAUGUCGCCGCAGGACUCCACGGAUAAUAUAUGAAGACCGCAGCGACAUGAGUCAAUUGAAACCGUUGAAUUCUUUGCCAACGGGAGAAACAACUCUAAAUACCUUGUCCUCACACGGGGGUAAAUCUCACGAGACAGGGUUAUCCUCUGUGUCAAUGCCCAUGUAUGAUAGAAAUCAUGUGACAGGGGCUUCCUCCAGCAGUAGUACAGUGACUCAAUACCCCAAGGAGACGCUGAAUCCCCCACCUAGUCCCGUCACUGACCGGUCUGUGUAUGCAGGGGCGUACUCUGGGUACUCCUCAAACAGUCCAUCCACGGUCAGGUCGUACCGACCGUACAAACUCCGAAUACACAAUAUCCCCCCUCCUCCCACCACCCCAUGUAGCACAGACGUUUGUGAGGAGAGUGAACCUUACUGUACCAAAAAAUAUUACCAUCAGUCUAUAUCAGAACUGUAUUCAUACGAUCCCUACCCUCCUUUACCCACCCCUUAUUUUUCAGAUGAUAUGAGUGGUCCCCCUUCACCCCCAUCAACCGAGAGGAGUUUCUUUAAUCCAUACCCCCCACCUCCCUCACCUGUGGCCGAGAGUUCAGACUGUUAGUGUAUGCAUGUUCUAUUGAUUUUUAUACAAAACUUCAUUGUGUCAAAUGUGAUUUUUUUUUUAUAUUGAGUGCUAGUACUUUGAGAUGUGUGAUAAGACAAAAUGAAUUUUAUAUACAUAUUUUCUUUGUUAUUGUUUGACAGUAUUUAUACACAUAUGAAAUGAGAAUCAGCAUUGUAUGAUCCAUAUAACUCUAUGUAUCUUCUACUUGUAGAAUCUCUUUCUAUUUAUAUAGAAAACAAAAAAUUGGCACUUGUUAUUAUUAUCCGUGUAGCAAUUGUAUCCUCAUCAUCAGCUGGUUACCUGAAUGCAGACAUCUUUUUCAGAUUAGCUUGGGCAUUUCAUUUAAUUCAUCAAGAUGAAAAUUGUUAUGUAUUUUAUCAUCCUCAAUCUUGAUGCAUAGUUGUACAUAUCUAUGUAAACUUACUUAGCAUGGUAUGGGUUCUUUCUAAAAGAAUUUUUUUAUAUUGUUACUAAUAAUCCUGAAGUUUGUAAGUCAUGUUCAUUACAUCAAAAUGAAAAAUCUUUUACAAAAUAAUUGCAAAAAUUAAAAAGACCAAACUAUAAAACUGAUUUAGAGUCAGAUAUCAAUUCACCCAAAAAAAUUUGGACACGAACAGCUUGAUUAUGAAUUAAGAAAAAAAAAAGAGUUUUGAGAUGACCCAUGGUGUGUGAACAAGGUUGUAUAUUUCUGACUGUAUGGAAAUCCUGGUGUUUGUAUAAAGAGGUGCUUCGCUGAGUUCAGUUCCAGGAGGCUGCGGCUGAUGUGUUCACGGUAAUAUUUGUUUUUAUUUCUACCUCUGGGGGCGGAGCAGUCCUUUGCGGCGGUCAGUAGCAAUCUGUUGGUCACUGCCCCCCUCAACACCCUCUGUGUACCCCCUCUUACACGGGGGUCACAUUUUUUAUUGAAAGCUUUAAUUCGUCAAUUUUUACAAGUUUUGGGGUUUUAUGGAAUUUUAUAGAAUUUGAAAACAGGCACAUCAAUAGUUGUUCUUAUGAAGACAUCUUUGAACCUAAAAAUGUUAUUAAUGUCCUCAAGUUUCAUUAUUUUUGUAAUAUUUAUGGAAUUGAUUACGGUUAUAAUUGUCUCUCUUAAAUAAAUUUUCACUCCAAAAAAAAAUAAAAAUCACCUAAUAUUCUGCAAUAUAAAUUGCAGAACAUUAGUCAGUACACGAUGUAUAACGAGUAAAGUGACCAACAGAUUGAUGUACAGUGUGAUUUUGUAUAAACUGUAGUGUGUGUUUUAUAUUGAAAUCAAUGUUAUUGUGUUAUGUACAUAUGAUUUCCUGUGCCAUAUUUUUAUUAAAUGAGCAAGAGAACUACACUUACGAAAUUUCAGAGAGAUGUAAAAGGGUAAAUUUACUAUAUAAAAAAAAUACCAUGUACAAUCCUACAGCAGGCAAAGACAUUCAAGAUUUGGAUGGGAAUUCUCCGUCUUCGUUCUUUUUGAAGUUUGUUUUGUCUGUCACGGACAAGAACUCUCAGACAUCAUUGUUUCAGAAUAUAAAACUAUAUAUAUAUUUGCUAAUGUCAGAGGCAGCAAUGGAAUGAAUUUCGUACAUGCAAUCUAUGUAAAAUUAUAUCUGUGUAUUUAUGACUUGAUUGAGAGGGACUCCCUGUGUCUAUAGAAUUUAAUACAUAUAGUGAUGUUUGUGAUGUUUACUACAGUUUGAUUUUUAUUACUGUGUUUUUAAGUUCUGUAGUGCUGCCGAUGUACUUUUUUUUACCGAAGGAAAAAACAACUAUGUGCUUAAAGUCUGUUUGACAGACAUAAAAAGAGUUUGUGAUAUUUAUUUCUUCAUUUGAUGCAUGCUGAAAAUUUUAUUUAAUAUUUGUUAAUUUUUUAGUUUUCCAUUUAAGAUUCUUUAGCCAAUCGUGUUUAAAAUGUAAAACUUUUAUUUUAUUUUUAACUCUAUAAAGAAUUGCUGUUAUUCUCACAUACAGAUUUUAUUAUCAGGUAAUAUAUAUAUAAUGUGCGUAGGAAAGCCAGGUAUAAAUGGCAUGUAAAAUUCACACAACUCAGUUUAAUUUGUCUUCCAAGAAAAGCGUACAGCAGAAUUGAUUUUGAACUGAAAAAAGCCAAUGUGCAUGCGAAUUCCUCUACCAAAAUAAUAAAUCUUUGUAAGGCUGUCAUAGUGCAGCAUAUAUUUCUGAAAAGCACAGACAUUUCACUUCAUCUUCCAAAAUUUAAAAGUUGUUUUGGUAUUUAUUUUACACUUUAUGUUAAGGUUUGGUAUAAUUUUACAUAAUAUUUUAGAAACACAAGGUUGUAUUUUUGAUUUGUUAUAUUCUUAAAUAAGAAUAAGUGAUUUUUAAGAUAUUUUGGUUGCAUAAAUAUUCGAUAGUUAUGGUAAUUUUCAUAAAAAGCAUCAUGUUUAAUUAAAGAUGUUUGUAUGUACAUGUAUACAUUUAUUGUAAUUAUAUAUAUUUAACAAGGUACUUAAUUCAGUGAACAAAAUAGAUUGGGUUUAAUAAUUAGUUCUUUACAUACAUUCAGAUUAUGUUAUGCUUAUGAAAAUUAAUUAAAAAUUAAUUGAGAAUGAAAAUUGAAAUGGCACCUUAAUAGAAUCAUUUGUUUAUUGAUGUAUUAUGUGUAACUGUUCCUCUCUACAGCAAACCACACUUGUACUCAACUUUCUUGUAUUGAACGUGUAGUUUCAAAAGAGGGAAUGAUUUUGAUAUAUCAAAUCAGUGAAACUUUAAUAAACACAUAUACCAGGUACAAUAUUGUAUUUCAACAAAAUUUGGUUUUGAUGUGUUCAAUAUAAUGAGGUUCUGUGUAACUGUGUUUCACUGUAGGAUUUCUCUCACAUCGAUAUGUUACUGUACAAAUCAUUUCUGUAGCUUCAUGUUUGUGCCUUAGAUGUUGCUCUGUAUAAAAGCUUCACAGAUUAUGACUCUUGACUUUACUUGAAAGGCUAGGUAGAAAUUUAGCCACAUAAAAAUACCAUAAAAAACCAAUAAAACAUAACAAAAUAAGAA